AUGGCGGAUGUAGGUGGACUCUGUUCUCACCUCUGCUUCUUCCUGCUGAUGACCAUGUGGCUCUACAUCACGCCGCUUUGUGGAGGUCACCUAAAGCCGGACGGCGAGUCGGACAAGAGUGCCGACGUGAUAAACGACUCUGAACGUUUGAUGGUACAGCUGGAAGCUCUCCUGCAGCAGGGAAACAGCAGCGACGUUUCUCUGAGGGUGGAGACCACAGACUCGGAUGACAUGAAGGUGAUCCAGGUUCACUCGCUCAUUCUCUCUUUACAGAGCCAGACCUUUCACGAGCUGCUGGAGAAGAGAAACAGCAGCACGGUGGUUCUGAGAGAGACUGCGCAGAGCAUCGGCGUGUUCGACAAGUUCAUUAGGUAUUUGUACUGCGGAGAACUCUUGCUGUGUUUAGAAGAAGCCACGGCUCUGCACGAGCUCGCCACCAAAUACUCUGUCUCCGCCCUCCGGCGCGGCCUGAUCGAAUACAUGAACAGGAACCUGGCCAGCGCCUUGCGCGGCGGUCACUUGGUGCACUGGUAUGAAUAUGCCACCGCACACGGUGAUGAGCACCUGGGGGCCAGCUGCUUGCAGUUCUUGUCACGGAACGUGUCGUUGGUCCUGAGGAGCCAGCAGUGGCGGUCGCUCGGCACGGAGCUGCUCACGGCGCUCCUGAAGCGCUCGGAUUUAGUCGUGUACAGCGAGCUUGAGCUUUUUAAAGCGCUUGAGAGUUGGAUAGUGUACAACCAACCGGAUGCUCUGACCGCGGAGAACAUUCUGCGCUCGGUGCGCUACGCCAUGAUCGCACCGCGUGAACUAUUCCGAUUGCAGCGGGAGUCUCCGGUGCUAACGCGCUACCACGAGUCAGUGCGUGACCUCCUCUACAUGGCCUACCAGUUCCACGCAGCACCGCCGCCCCAGCUGGCCAAGUUCUUCGACGUGAACUGUAGUCUGUUCAUCCCGCGGAACUACCUAGCGCCCGCGUGGGGCACCGCGUGGCUCAUUAACAGCCCGGCACGCGAUGACCGAACCGCCGUCUUCAACACGCAGCUCGGACCGAGCGCCCACGACGUCGGGAAGCGCGUGACGUGGAACGCUUUGUUUUCGCCGCGAGCCCGUACCGACGGUCAUCCGCGCAUCGUCAUCACCCCCGCCACCUCCAGCCCUGACUUCGCGGGCGUGGUCUUUCAGAAGACGGUGAUCGUGUGUUCGCGGAAGCAGGGCGAGCUCGUGGUGCAGCGCGUGUUCAACUUCCACCAGAGCACGGACGAGAACGGAGACUUCCUGACCGAUGAGGAUCUGGACGCGCGCGCUUCGGGGUAUUUGGUGGACGGCUGGCUGCAUCUGCACGUCAUCGUCAAGCCCCUGUACCAGUCCCUUCUGUCCACAAAGAAAUGAAAGUAAAAU